AUGAAGAAAAGACGCAACCGGUGCUACUACAGCGGGACCUCCCACGGACAGGUCAUUCAGAACGUUGUUCUGCCGACGGAUGCAGAAGUGUGGACAACAUCUUUUGCGAACAAGAAGGCGAUCUACGACCGCCUGCGAGUGGACGUGGGGGGAACGACCGCGGGAGGAAGUGCGGAUGUCCAGAAAAGGACCGAGGAGACGAUCGAGCCGGUGAACUUCCACUCGAUGCCCCUGAACUUGUACAGGGAGAUCCUGGAGGUGGAUACAAAGCCGAAUGCCAUCCUUGACUGGACUGUGGGGGACUCUCAGUUCGCUACCGUGGCUCUUGAGUGUCAGAUCUCUUACGUGGGGGCCUGCUUCUCCGAGACUCACCAAAAUGAGGUCUACGAGCGCUUGACUGCCUUGACUCUCAAGAAAAUGCAGACCGAGGGCUCCGGCAUGCUGUACCGACCGUAUUUGGCAGAGCUGCUUUCCGGCAGCACGCAGAGGAUUGGGGGUGGUGGGACAGAGACCACCUCAGGCUCAGGCCGUGGCGGACGUGGCCGAGGAGGGCGUGGGCGAGGCCGACCUCCAGCACCAGAUAAUGGCAGUGGUGACGGCAACAAUAACAGUGGUACUGUUGCCGGUACCGGCAAUGGCAGCGGUACCACCGGCAAUGGCAGUGACUUGGAAGCUGCUUUAGCAGCCAGGAUCGAAGCGUUGCGCAGGGAAGGUGCUUCUGCUGAUGCUGCUUGA